CAGGACAUAAGUGGACCCUGAAGUGAGAUCCUGAGCCCACACCUCCAGAAGCCACGGGUGCUGCUGCGAGGAGCUGCCACCAUGUCGGGGAAAUUUGAGAUUACGAACAUGGACAUGAAGCUGGGGACAACCCUGAAGUUGAAGGGCAAGAUCGCCAGUGAUGCUAGUGGCUUUAUGAUUAAUCUGGGCCAGCAGGCAGAUAAGCUGGCUCUGCAUUUCAACCCUCGCAUCCGUGAAUCCGUCAUUGUCUGCAACUCACUGGACGGCAACUGGGGACAGGAGCAACGGAACAGUCACAUGUGCUUCAGUCCAGGGUCAGAGGUCAAGUUCACCGUGACAUUUGAGAGUGACAAGUUCAAGAUGACACUGCCAGACGGGCACCAGUUGACCUUUCCCAACAGGCUGGGUUACAGCCACCUGAGCUACCUGUGUGUGGAAGGCGGAUUCAACAUCUCCUCCUUCAAGUUUGACUGAGUGGGCAGCACAUGGCCGGAUGAAGACCCUGAAGGAUCCUCAGUAUGGAGUCCCUGUCCUGCACUGCUACCCAGUCAUAUAGGGGCAGCAGCCGCUGGGUCCUGGCUUCCCACCUGCUCUUCCGGGCCCUCUGACCCCAUUUUCCUCUCCCAAGACUAAGAACAAACCAAAGAAUCCACCUUCGUCUAGUC